AGAUAUUAUGUAUAUGAUAGAUCAUUCACUUGUACUUUUUGUUGGUCAAAAUUUGAAUUUAAAUUGUCUACACUAGUAAAUUGUAAUUUUUUAUAUUAAUUCAUUUGAAAUAUUGUAUUGUAGUCGUUGAAUUUAUUUGCGAGUUUUUUAAAAACCGUUGUGCAAAACAUGGCGUCGAUGAGUGCAGCGAAGAAGAAACAAGUGUCCCAGAAUGAAUUGCGUUUAUUGAUGCUCAAGCAAAAAUUACAGACUCAAAGGGUCAAGAAGAAAAUUGAGUCGCCUCUGGCAAAAUAUAGCAUAACUGGUCAAUUGUCAUGUGUUGUGUGCAAAUUGAACAUAAAAGAUGAUUCAUUGUGGAGUGUUCAUAUCUCUUCCAAGGUUCACAAGGAAAACAUUUCCAAACGUAAACCAGAAUCAUCAAGAAUGACGGAAAGGUUAGCGGUUACUACGGAAAGCUUAAAACGAACUCUGCCUAAACAAGAGAGUCUUGUUCCAUCUAAAAAAUUAAAAGGUAUUUUAAAAAAUUAUAAAGCACUUCCAGAAAAAGUUCCUAGUGAUUUCUUCGAAAGCCCAACUCCAAUCUCAUCAGAUGGUCAACACACCUCAAAAAAUGUUAGCCAAGAAACUGAUGAAAAAAUGGAUGAACAACCAGAGGCUCUUGAUGAUUUAAAUCUUGACAGAGGUGAACUACCAAAAGGAUUUUUUGAUGAUCCAAUGUUGGAUGCUAAGAUUCGAAAAGAGGAAUACGUCAGCUCAAUAGACGAAGAAUUUCUAAGAUUUCAAAAAGAAAUGAAAGAAGAGAAUAUGUUAUCUGAACAGAUAAUGGCAGAUAAUGAAGAUGAAACCACUUAUGGGAGACAAGUAGAAGAAAUUGAUGAACAGAUCAAACAUUGGUCAAAAGUUAUCGAACUGGAGAAGAAGAGAGAAAAAAUUGCUUCGGCUACAGAAAACAUGAAUAACAUGAAAAUUGAAAAUGAACCUGACAAAAUCGAAGAAUCUGAUGAUUCUGAUAUGGACGAAUUCAUCGAUUGGCGGUCAAAAAAAUAAAAAAUAAAAACAUUGAAUAUAAUAAUAUUAUCCUUGAGAAAAGAUGUUAAAUAUAUAUAUUUUUUUUAUGUGUAUAAAAUAAUUUUUAAAAAUGUCACGUCUUGUUUACAAGUUAAUUGUAACUUAAUAUUUAAAAAUAUAAGCUAUAGUUAUUUUUCAUUA